AAUGUGAAGUGUAUUGUAAGUGACUCUGCUGACUACAUGACUGCUUGUGCCAGAACCCUGAAAGGAAUUAUUGGUGAGCAGCUGCUGCACAUUCAAUGUUGGAGCCAUAAACUGGACAAAUUGGAAAAGAUUCCCUCACAAGCAUUUACAAAACUGAAUGAAUAUGUGAGCAAGACCAAACAAGUAUUCUUGAAUACAAGGAAAAGAAAGCAUAGAUACAUCUCUUUUCUGGAAGACAAGUAUGGGCAAAACAAUAAUGAUAUAGGAUUUAAGAAAGCCAAACUUUUCCCUAUGCCUGUCAUGACAAGGUGGAACUCUUGGGUGCAAUCUGUUGAUUGUAUUAGUGACUAUGCUGAAGAUAUUUUUGAAUUUGUACGUACACUUGAUGACAGUGACUCCAAUGCUGUGGAAUAUUUUAAAAAUUUAGAAGAACUAGAUUGGAAAAUUGUAAAGGCAGAAGCAGCAUUUGUAGUAGAGCAUUGUGCACCUGUUUCUGACUUACUUUUGUUGCUGGAGGGUAACAAGUACCCACUUGCCCACCGCCUACUACCUAACUUAAAUCAGCUUUUAGUUUCUUUUACCAUUAUCAUGGAGAGUGAUAGAAUUAAAAGGGUGGUAGGGGAAAAAACUUUAGCAGCCCUUCUACAGCUACCUAAGCAGGAAAUGUAUAGAGCUGGGAGAAGGAUGAGAUCCAUGUGUAGAAUGUGUUUUGACAGACUCACUGGCCUGAUAGACACAGACACUGCAAAAUUAUUUUUUGAGUCAUGUGCUUCUCUAUUUUGCCCUGUUAAGAUUAUGUCAGGAACAGUAGACACUGUGUCAAGGGCUUAUAAAAAUAUCCCUAUGCUAAAGGAGAUUCCCUUAGCCCAAUUUCUAGUGCAACACGGUGUUUUGCAGAAGGAAGUGGAGAAUUACUUGCUAAAUAAUAGAUCUAAAAAAGUAGAUGCUGUUCAUGAAGUACUGAAAGGCAUGCUGGCUUCAGAAAACAAAUCAUUUGCCAUUGUAUGUCUUCAAGUAAUAUUUUCCCCAGUUUGAAAUGUAGAUAGUGAGAGGGCCUUUUCUGGCUAUGCAGAUAUAUUUUCUCCUAAAAGGUCAAACCUAAGUGUUCAGAGUAUGGAAAUUUCAAUGUUUUUAUACUUUAACGAUUGUGAUGACUCCGCUGAUGAGACUGAUGUUAAUGAUAAUGAAGAAGUUGAGUUAGACGAUAUUUUUGAUAAUGAUGAUCCCAUGUAACAAUUUAGGAAAGUCGUAGAGUUAUUACAUAGUACAUUUAGUACUUA